AUGACUGCCUCCAGACUCAUUCCCCUGUGGAAGGAUUUUAAAUAUCAAAUAAGUGACAUAAUAGAAAAUCAGGAACUCAGCGAAGAACAAAGGAGUGAGUUAAUUGUCCUCAGUGACCGUACAGAAAUACUGUACAAAGAUUCUCGCCAUCCUCAAAACAUGCCACUUGUAUGUCAUUAUGUCAGUGAUGCUGACUAUUUUGCUUCCCUCUCUUGGACUACAACAGGCAUGAAAGAAAUACAGGCUGUGUUAUGGACAAAGAGCAAAGAUGAAGACAUGGUUGAUAAAAGAACAUUCGCUAUGACGGAACGAUUGCCUCCAAUUCAAUCCAUGGUUCAUACUGGUUCCUUUCAUAUAAUUGUGGCCUACUGCGGUGACCUGAAUCUACGGCUCUUUGGGGACCAUUUUCGUUCAUUCAAAUCCCUGAGUAUGGUUCCCUGCCGCUUCAACAUCAGCUGUCUCUGCUAUGACCCAGAAACAAAGAUGCUUAUGUCAGGUGUCACAGGGGCAGUCAUCACUUGGACCAUAGAGCAGAGUGGCAAGGGCCUCCAAAUGGUCUCCACGAUCUCCAUGCCUGGUGAUGAACUUGUCCAAGACAUCAUGUUGAAUGGCCCAAGUGGCACCCUCCUAGCCCUCUGUGAAUCAGUGGUGAGGGUUCUUGAGCGCCAGGCCCAUGGAAGGCUGGCAGAAGUGAAGAGGUACACAUCCAUCAUCAGUGGCUCUUCUAUCACUUGCUGCUAUAUCUGUUUUGGUCAGGGCUUCCUCUAUGCUGGAAAUAAGACUGGGGCAGUCCAAGUAUGGAACCUUCAACGAGGUCAUUCUCUUCACAGUUUCACAGCCCAUUCCAUGUCUGUGAUAUAUAUCCGUAGUCAGCCAGAAUCCCACACCUUGCUAACAGCUGGCAUGGAAGGUAUAAUCAAGGAGUGGAAUCUGACUUCAGGGAACCUGCUACGGCGGCUAGAUCUUGGUGAGGAAUUGUGUGCACUCCAGUUUAUUGAUACAAAUACUUUCUUCUGUCAGACUACCCAUACUUUCUCGUUGCGCAGUAUGCCCUGCUUCUAUAGUCUCUUCAAUGUCUGUGGCUCUCCUCCACAGCAGCUGCGUCGUGUCCACUGUGGUGGUAAUUGUUUCCGGAUCCUAUGCCUUACUGAGGAUGGCUUGAUGCACUUUAUAUCUCCGCUCACAGGCGAACUUCUGGUUAUCACCUGGCCCUUCUCAUUAUUGGACAAGGCUGUGGAUUGGGCCUAUAACCCAGAAAACCAGGAGCUCUUUGUGGCAACAGGUAUCUCUGAUAUACUGGUAUUUGACACAACUCGCUGCCCUUGCCCAGUUAAGUAUAUCAUAUGCACCUCACCAGACUCUCAAGACAAAGUAGAAAGCCUAGCUUAUGGGACUUUCUACUUAGGUUAUGGUAUAGGACUGAUAUUCGUUGGGCACCGGAGUGGUAUGAUAAAAGUGCUUUCCCAUCAGAACUUUGCUCGAACAGAGAAAUUCAUGCAUGCUGGGGCUGUAUUGGCACUCUGUACACUUCCUGGGGGACUUCAGAGUGCCAGAAAUUACACUCUGCUCUGUUCCUAUGGAAUGGAUGACUAUAUACAUCUAUCAGAAGUUAGUUUUCAGGCUUCCAAAGUAAGUAUUUAUCUCCUCACAAGCAUUCUCAGCAGCUGUCAUCUGAGACACCUGAUGCUCUUGCCCAACUCUGUUGGUGCCAUCACACAGUCUAACUGCCUACGUAUCUGGAAGUUCAGUGAUUUUCUAUCUUCUCAAAUACAGAGAGAUGCAACAGUCAUGGAGACAUUGCCUCUGCACCAGUGUCCAAUCACAUCUUUUGAUGUCUGCCUGUCUUUGAAACUUCUUGUCACUCGUAGCAUUGAUGGCAGUGUCCGGGUAUGGAACUUGCAUGGUAAACUCCUAGCCUUGCUGGACUCGUCACUGCACUUUGGCCCAGUUUGUUUUGCAAAUGAUCGAGGAGAUCUGCUUGUGACUUUCAACCAGAGUCUUUAUCUAGUGUCUUGUUUAAAACUUCUUCCUCCCACUCUGUUGACUAAUCUUUCCUUAAUGAACAUUAGAGAUGAGGUGUUAGAAUAUGCAAAACCUUUUAUGCCAAGCUUCUUCUUAUCUUUUGAGAAUAUACUUGCACCCAAAUAUAAUUACCGGGGAUGCGGGAAACAGGAUUUAGUGGGGCUACAUAGCCUUGUCAAUAAACGGGCCAUUGCUUUUGAUCAAACUGUGCCUCAUGUCAUAGAAGAAGGUGAGAAAGGAAACACCGUGUUUGUGCAUAGAACCAGCUCUGAAUUCCCAAGCCAGGAGAAAACUGAUCAGACGGACAGUGAACCUCUUUAUUAUGAGGAUACUCCUCAACUAAAGCUGAUGACCUGGGAUGGACUUAACCUUUAUCAGAUACUGAGGUCCUACUUUGGUCAUGGACAGAAAUGGCCCAUUGCUCCUGAUUGUUACAUCCCCAACUCAGUGAUUCGUGCCCGACUUUGGCCAGAGGGAAGCCCUGUAUUUUUAAAGUGUACUCUGCACUCACCCACACGGAAUUUAUCAAAUUGGGACAAAUCUGAACAAUUCUUUUUCUGGAAUAAAGAGUCAGCUCCGUGGGAACAUUAUCCAAAACAAAAGGAGGAAAGAGACCUAAUAGAAAAAAGAAUAUCCACAGAUCCAACCUUCUCAAUCCUUACAUAUGCAGGAAAUCGCAAUUGGUUGGGAAGAAGAAUGAGUGAAAUGGCUAUAAAUAACCUGAUUGAGACAAUCCUCAACAUUAAAGCUCAUGCAACUCCAUUAAAGUACCAAAACUGUAUUGGUGUACUAGGGCAAAUCUUUGCCUCUUACCAGGUAUCUCCAGCCCUGCGCUCUGAAGUAGCUCAUCGUCUACUGGAUGAUACCACCAAUUCCAAUCCAUACAUCCGAGAGUUGUCCUGGGAAGGAUUUAAACGUUUAGGAAUGAUUACUCAUCUCUUUGCUUUGCCUCUGGCCAGAGGAUUAAUGGACAAGGAUAAAAAAGUGAGGGAUAAGGCCCUAAACCUCAUUCCUGAAACUGGUAUCCAUUCUAAGACUUCACUUUUAAACUUAAUCCAGCACCGAGAUACAUUCCGAGAAAUGCAGCAGGAAAUAGUUGGGGAGGAAAGUUUGGAUCAGCUGCUGGGAAUGCGACUCCCAGAUCUUCAAAUCCUUCACACUCAAGUAAAGCAGCGACUAAAUGAAGACCUGACCUUGAAAGAGGAUAUGGUUUCUUUUUCUUUUGAAGUUUCAAAGCCUUUUGAAUUUGAAUCACAGAAAUCUGAGAUGGUUGACGAUAUGGAAAUGGCCAUUAAAAUUAGCAAAAGCCAUAGACGGCACCGAGCAGGGAUGAAAAGACAACCAUCUCGAAAGUUGUUGCGGGGAAGCAAGAAGACAAAGGAGACUGAACCAGAGGAUGGAGUUGAUCAGCAUGAACCAGGUCCAUUAGACAGUGGAGUUGAUCAGAGUGAAGCUAUUGAGGAAGAAGAUAUAGUCAUCCCUUCAAAAAUAUCCUCAACUCAGAGUCCAAAAGAUGAACAAGAUCUUUCAGAAAAAGAACUCUCAAGGGAUCAUAUUGCAGUGGCCUUGAAGAUGUUGCGGAAAAUACGUGAAAAAAAAAGCAAGAAAAAAAAGAGUUUUUUUAAACCCAUAAAAAGACAAAAGAAGAAGACAGAAGAAUCUCAUGCUCCAAUCCCAGAACUACAGAAAGAAAAAGAUAUUAAGAGUGACAGUAGGCGAGGGAUCUCUGGAAGGCCUGGCCAUAAAGGUGAGGGCUUAACAUGGCGGGAUGAUCUGUGUCGUCUUAUGACCUUCAGGUUAUCUGGUUCUCAAACAGAAAUUUCAGAAGCUUUAAGUGCUGAAGUGGUGAGCAGAGCUCGGGCAGUACUAGCUGAUCAGCGUCCCAGCUGGGAACUCUUUCAGAAGAUCUGUCCUUUGUUGCAGGAAGAAACAGAAACAGACAAAACUGACUGGGAUAUAGAUUUGCCAGAGUUGAAAUCAUCUUUUAUUUAUGAAGGAGCAAUUAGUAAGGACAGGGUGAUUGAACACAGGGAAAAGAUAUUAGUGGAAGAACAAAAGAAAGCAAGAGACAUGAAAGACUUGAAGGAAACUCAGGAAAUUCCCAAAGAAACGAAGAAAAAGAGCAUUAUUCUUUUAAAAGCAGACCCAACUCAGCUAGGGGAGAAAUUGAAAAAAGAUAAGAUGUCUAAGAGGGGUUCUAGGAAAAUUAUGAAAAAAGCCCCAAAGGAUGUAAAAUCGGAUAUUAAGGAGGUCAAAGGAAAAGAGAAGGAUGAAAGAGAAAUAGAAAUGGCCGCACUAAAGGAGAAAGUGGUUGAGAUAGAAAAAAGACCAGUUAAAGAUGAGAGAAGAAAGACUUGGAAGGAGCGGGAUAAGUGGCAAAAGCUUGAAAAAGAUAAAAGCAUACUAUAUCUUAAGGAUAAGCAGAAACCAAGUGAGGACAAAGAACAGCUCGAAAGAGAGAAAAGCAUACCACUGGUUGAGAGUCAUCUUGAAGAAGAGCAGAAACCUCAUGAGGUCAAAGAGAAGUUAUUUCCAUAUCAGAAAAGGAUGGAUGAGGAUGAAAGUAAAGGGAUAUGGGAUGAAUGGGAACAGCUCUGGGAAGAGGGAGUGUCAGAAGGCUCCAGGGAGAAACUGCCCAAAGAUGAGGAAAAAGUGACUCUUGAAGAAAAAGAGGAGGAGAGAGAGGAGGAGGAGGAGGAAGAGGAGGAGGAGGAGGAGGAGGAGGAGGAGGAAAGAUGGAUCAAGAAAGAUUAUAAACAGAUUCAGGAGGAGAGGAUAAUGAACAAAUCUCUAAAGAAACAAGCCCAAGAAAAAAGGAAACUUGCACAACAGGAGGAGAAACUAGCAAGAGAAGAAAGAAAACUUGCUGAAGAAGAGAGAAAAUUGGCUGAAGAAGAGUGGAAAUUGGCUCAAAGAGAUAAGACAAUUACUCAGUCAAAGACCAUUCUUUUUCAGGAAGGGGGAAAGCUUGCCCAUGAAGAGGAAAACUUAAGUCAGGAAGCAGAGAAUUUGGCUCAGAAAAGGAAGGAAUUGGCUACAAAUUUGGAGGCACUAACUGAAGAAAAAGUAAACAUAGUAAAUAAGGAAGCAAAAUUGGCUAAAGUAGAACUUUUACUAUUUGAUAAAGUGGAAAAACUUGACCAGUGGGAGCAACAACUGAAUGAUAAAGAAAAGGAACUAACAGAGGAGUUGGAAGAACUAGUGUGGGAGGAUGAGGAACUUGUUUGUAAAGAAGAGGAACUGAACCAGAAAAUGUAUAAACUAGAUGUUGAAGAACAGGAAUUGGCUCAAGAAGAGAAGACAUUGAUCCUACAAGAGAAGAAGUUGACUGAGGAAGAAAAAAAGCUGAACUUGGAGGAAGAGCUGCUGAUCCAGGAAGAGCUUGCCAACAGAAAGGAAAAACUACCUGAGAAAGAGAAAAUACUGGUGCAGAAAAGGGAGAAACUGAUAUAUGAAAAGCAAAAACUGGACAAGGAAAUGGAAAAACUGAACCAAAACAAGGAUAUAAUCACACAGAAAAAGAAUAUACUAUCUCAGAAAAUUAACACUAUAGUUCUUGAAAAAGAGAAACUCGUUCAGGAGAAGGAGGUACUGACUAAGAGGGAAGAGAACUUGUUUCAUUACAAACUAAACUACAGCAACCAAAGAAAUAUACUGGACCAAGUAAGAGAGAAAACUGAUACCUGGAAGGAUAAAAUAGAUGAACUGCAAGUGAAGCUGAUGAAGGAAGAGGGGACAGUUUUACAGAAGGUAGUGGAACUGGCUGUUGCUGAGAAAAAAUUGUGUCAAGAUGAGCAGAACCUAGCUGAGAACCAGCGGAAAUUAGCCCUGGAUAAAAUUAAACUAGCUAUAGAGAAAAGAGUAAGGUUUCAAGGGUGGAAAUUGCUCAAAGGAAAGUGGGAUAUAGCCAAAGAAGAAAAUACACUGGCUACAGAGAUUAAGAGAUUGUCCCUGGAGAAGGUGAGAAUGGCUUACAAGAAACAAGUGCUAUCCCAGGGAGAGAUAGAAACAACCUCAAUGCAUAGAAAAUCAAUUGAGAAUGAAUUAGAACUAGUUAAGAGGAAAUUGUCACUAGAGGAAAAGAUACUGUUAUUUGAAGAUAGGAUGCUGGCCACAGAGAAAAAGGACCUUCUCAAAGAAGAAAUGGAAUGUACUAGGGAAAAUAGAAUUCAUGUCCAGGAAGAAAGGAAGCUAGCCAAACUAACGACAAUGCUUACCAAAGGCAAAAGCAUUUACGAGGACCCAGAGAUAAGCAACAAAAUCUUAAAAGCACUUCAAAAUCUUGUCAAACAAGAAACAAAAAUAACCAAGGAAAAAAGACAGUUAACAAAGAGAGUGAGAUCACUCUUAUUAAAGGAAAGCAAACUGGAUGAAAACCAGAAUAUUCUUGAUAGUAAAGAGUGGGAUACUUCAGAGGAACAAUUAGAAAUAAUAGAAGGUGAGAAGAAACUGGCUAAAAAUCAGAGAAAAUUGGCUGAUGAAGUGGAAAAAAUAAUACAAACAGAGGAAAGACUAUGUGAGGAAGAAAGUGAAAUAGCCAAAAGGAGGAGAUCCAUCCUUGAAGAGGAGGAACUGGAAGAAGAAGAGGAGGAAGAAGAGGAGGAUAAAGAAGAUAUUCAAUUCCUUAAACAGAUGUUGAAAAAAAGCAAAAAGCUAAAGAGAGUUGAUAUGUCACAGGAAGAGAUUCCCAGUCAAGUGGGCGAACUGGAGAAAGAAGAGAUAUUUUCUAAGGAAUUGGAAAGUCUGUUAGAUAGAAUGGAACAAAAGAGAAAGGUAGAGGAGGAGGAAACAGAGGGAGAGACAAGGAAGAGAAAGGAGGGGGAAGAGAAAAAAGAGAGAAAAGAAAAGAGAGAGAAAAAGGGGAGAGAGAAGGAAGAGGAUAUAGAAAAGAGAAAAAAAGACUUGGAGGAAGACGAGAAGAAAGAAGGGAAGGUAAAGAGAAAGAAGGAAAAAAAGAAGGUCGAGGUGGAGGAAGAAAAGAGGGAGGAGAAGGAAGAAAAAGAGGGAGAGAGGGAGGAGAAAGGAGAAGAGGAGGAGGAAGAGGAAAGAAGGAGUGAGAAAGAGAGGACUUCACUGGAAGAAGUGAUGGUAGACAAGGAGGAAAAAAUAAAAGAAAAACUAUUUAAGUUACCAAAAAGAAAGGAUCUAAGAAGAAGAGAAAGAGUCCCUUCAAUGGGACAAAUAAUCCCUGAGGUCAAAGAUGUAAAAACAGGUAUUCUGAAAAGCCCUAUCAAGACACCAUCCUCAGAAUCUUUGGGGAGAUCAGAGAUGUUAGAGCUAGAGUCACUGAAACAUAUAUCCCAGAAAGAUAAGGUACAUGAAAUACUCAGGAUACUCCCAUGGAAAAGACCAAUGGAUAAACAAGAACUGUUAGAGGUCUAUACACCCAUACCUUUAUCAGGUUUAGAUACAAUUUUGGAAUCCCAAGAACUAGAUAAAAAGACCCCAUUUGUAACCCAUAUAUUAAGGAAGACCAUGAAAGCCCAGACACUUCAAGGCAAAUCGCUAGGGACCAAAUGGCAGUGGAUUUUGCAGCAUCGUCCAUCUCUGAGAGAAAAAUUACCUAAGGCUAAGGGAAAAUUACCUGUGCCCCAAAUUCUGCCGGAGAAAAUAGUUACAGAGGAACUAAGCCUGUCAGAUAAAGAGUGGAUACACCAUAUUCUGGAACAGAUGAAAGCAGGAGAGCAACUUUCCAGGGAUAAUUUCCACAGACUGUGUCAGCUUCUCAAAAAUUUCACAACAAAGGAAAGUUUAGAGGGGAUGAAUCUGUCUCUACUUGAAGCUAUUGUGCACCGUCACAAGCAGGUCCUGGAACCACAGAGCACAAGCAUUUCAAAACCCAGUAAGGAGAUCAUGGGUCUCAAAUACCUGAGAGUGAUCCCUCCUAUAAAAAGAAAAGAAAAGGAAAGCUGGCCCAAACCUUCAGCUGAUUCUACAUUAACGUCCCAAUUAGUUCCCAAGAGGAUUCUGCACACAAGGGCUGAAAAUUGGCACAUUUUAGAAGAGCCCUCCAGGAGUGCACGGAAAAAACAGAUAUUCAACACUCUCAGGGAGAUGAAGAUGCAACAUUUUUUUCCUUCUCCAAGCAAUAUUACUGCAGAUGUCCGUGACUCCGUGGCCCAGCAAACUCUGGCACUAAUAUUUCAAAAGGACUUCUGGACUUCUGAGGACAGACGAGGAUAUACCAAAUUACCUAAAUUGGAGAAGAAAGCACAGCGCAUCUCUGAAAGAAAAGAAGAGGUGCCACAAUGGGAGACAUUUGUGGCACUGUACUAUGUUUUGCGGAAGUUGCAGAUGCGAAAUGCAAAAGAUAGAGCUGCUUGGAUGGAACAGUUCUACCAUAUCAUGGAACUGUACCAACUUAAGUCCCCACAAAUCCAGGGGCUUCUACAGGAUUUGUUGCUGAGGGAGGAACCCCAAUCUCAAGAGAUUAUAGACGAAGAGUUCCUAAAGGCCAUGGAGUUAGCUCCUGGGGAGCGUUUGCUUUAUCACUUGUCUUUUGGUACCUAUCAAGCCUGUCAGGGUCAUCUGAAGUUCCAGGAGGUGGUAUCACUCCCAGAUCAGAAUAAUGUGCAUCCCAUCCUUCCUAUGGGCAUUGCCCGGUAUGGGAUCUUAGAACUUGCCUGGAAAAGCCUGCCCCAAGCUGACACUCACUUCACCAAGAAAAUGUCCCACGUUACUGUUCAUAUUCUCUAA